AUGAACCUGAAAUCAGAGGUCAUCAAUUGGAUGAUUCUGACGAAGAUGACGAGGAAGACGACGACGACGACGACUGAUGAUAUAGAAGUACCUGUAAUUCAAGGUGGCUACGAUCCGACUGAAUAUGAAAAAUUAGCAGUGUCAGAAGAAAUAAAAGGCAUAUUUAAUUUUAUUGCAAUUUACACGACACAAAAUAUUGAAUUAGAAUACAAACUUUGUCCUUUUUUACCAGAUUUUAUACCUGCAGUAGGAGAUAUAGAUGCAUUUAUUAAGGUUUCACGACCGGAUGGUGUGAGCGAUGGUCUUGGGUUAAAUGUCUUGGACGAACCAAGCCUUCAGCAAAGUGAUCCAGCAGUUUUACAAUUACAGCUACGAGCAGUAGAUAAACAAUUAUCCGCAAAAGCUGUUAUAGUGAAAAAAAUUGAAAAUGCUGAAAAAAAUUCAAAAGCUAUCAAAAGAUGGAUAAAAGCCAUUGGGGAUUUACAUAGUUCAAAGCCUUCACAAAUAGUACAGUUUUCAAAACCGAUGCCUAACAUUGAUACUUUGAUGCAAGAAUGGCCGACAGAGUUUGAAGAAAAAUUAAAUGCUUUAAUGAUACCCAAUCCUGAAAUAGAUUGUGAUUUAUCUACGUACAUUUAUUUGAUAUACCAGUGUACGAAUCAAAAAUUCAGUCUCUUCAUACAUUUUUUACUUUAUAUUCUACAAUGA